AUGGAUAGGGGUGAGCAAAUGCCCAAAUUAAAACAUAAAACCCCUUUCUCCGGUUCCCGGCACAAACGAUGGCAGAUCCGAUGCAGAAGGUUGGGGCUUAGGCGGCGGCGGUCGCCGCGGUCGGGGAGAAGCUUAAGAAGUGCGAUAAGGGGGUGGGGGUGCACCGGCAGCAUCUACUGCUGCAAUGGGACCAUAACCGGCUACUUCGAGGUCUACCAGUUCGAGAACCUCUUCAGUAAGCGCAACUCCCCCAUCGCUCAUGCCAUCGGUUUCUGGGACUACCAGUCCUUUAUCGCCCUCGCCGCCGUCUACGAGCCGCUCGGAUUCGGCACGACCGGCGACAAGGAGACCAAGAUGAGGGAGGUCGCCGCCUUCCUCGGCCAUGUCGGCAUCCAUACCUCCUGUAAGGCACAACGAUCCUUCCUUGAUGUUAAUAAUUCCAUCUUACCUCUCGUUUCUGCAAAUUUCCUCUUCAUUUGCAUUCUUGAUCUUACAAUUGCAUCAGUAUGUAUGUACAAGAAGUCGAGAACGAUAGGGUUUGGAAGAUAAGAAAUCAGACACAGAGAUAAUGAGAAACCAAAGACCACCAAGUAUGAAAUUUGAGAUAGAUAAUAAGAAUAUGUGAGGAAAACAAUCCCUAUUGCUUCUUGUUUUGAUUCUCAUUGAUGGACAAUUGAUCAAAACCAAACUAGGUGUUCUUAUCAACAAUUUCCUAUAUUUUAGUUGGUUCUUCAUUUGUGCAUCAGUUGGUGUGGACUUCUGUCUAAAAUUGGACAAAAGGACUAAUUAAUGCAUAUUGAAAAUAAACAAUUAUCCAUCCUCUAUAUAUAUGUUUGUCCAAGGAACACCUUGAAAGUAAUUCAUUUCUACCAAGUUUGUUCUUCUGUUGACUCAGUUUGCAAGUUUAAAGAUCGUUUAUCCAAAAUUAUGAUGAUCAGCAAAGACAGUGACUAAUUGCACCAAGAUUAUGACCGAUUAUAUCUUAAGCACAGGCACAUCUAACAUUGUUAAUUGCUGCUACUACUUAAAGAAAGCAAUAAAGAAGAGCUAACCAUAAUGAAUCUAGUGUCAAGCUCUAGUUGUUUGACUUCUCCUUUACUCUACUUAAGAUUAGAUGCAUCUCUUUGAGUUCUAAUAGGCGAUUACUAACUGCUUUCUAUCCUGAGUGUCCUACUUGACAGGGAACCCAGGAAGAUCAAUUUUUUACAAUUUCCACAAAAUUAAAUGAUGAAUAGUUUCAAUAUGAAUGUUUGAAUUGCAUCACCCCUUCUGAAGAUAGAAUCCUGAACUGCUAAAUAAUCUCUUAUCUCUUUAUCAAAUUUGUUUCCUGGCCACAGAAAACCCGAUUGAAGAAAUAUUCUUGUAUCUAGAGAUGAUCCAUCAUGGCUGUUUGUUUUGUUUGCUAACAUUUCUUGAUAUUACAGAAACAUGCAUCAUAUGUAUGUUACCGACAUGGGUAUUUCAGGUGGAUAUGGUGUUGCAAUAACCAUGAAUUGAGACCAAGCCAAGACUACUGUUCUCCAAAUUUUCUAUAUCCAUGUGCGCCGGCUGGGAGCUUCAUACUAUGGACGAGGUGCUCUACCUAUUUACUGGAACUACAACUAUGGACUUAUGGCGGUGCCCUUGGAAGAAUACUUCAAUCUUUUGCCUCAACUUCUAUUCUCAUAUGCAAUUGUUCAUCAUGCAGUUUGUAUUUUCAUGUUAAUGUCUGUUAAUUUUUUAGUUUAUUUUUUGAAACUACAAUAUCUGUUUCAAUGUGAAUCAUAUUUGAUAGGAUGAAUGCAAGUUUUUGCUGGUAGGGCUGUUCUUGAUCA